UUGAUUGAAUUCUUGUGAUAGUAUAACAAGACGUUUGUUGAACACGAAGGCGGCUCUCAUCAAACUGGAGACCCCUUUAAACGGGUUUAAUAGACCGCCUAAAAGGGGUCGACCGGAGUUCUGGAGCCGAGGCGAUCCCAUCAAGAGAUUCCACGCAUUCUACAGGACUUCCCAAAGACUUUGCCAACAAAUACUUACCAAUGAUAUGGACUUAUUUGAUGGACAAGAGUGUGAAAAAGUUAAGAAUGGAUUGGAUUUGCUGGUCGACAGUCUUCUGGAGUUAUAUGAGAUAAUUGAGCGCCAAUUCCAGUGAUAAUUACAAAUGC